GAGAACAGACACUUGAACAGCGUUUCAUCUCACAAGAAGAGGACACUAAACACACACUGAAGAUGCUGUGCUCUCAUGGAUUCCAGUCUGCCCUCAGUUCAUUCAUGGACUUCUACGGUCCUGUCCGCAGUCUGUGGCCAGAGGUCAAACCUCUGCUCUACCAGCAGGAUCUGCUGCACAGAAACCUGCAGGAGCUGUGCAGCAGUCUGGAGCUGAUGGACAAACUUCAACACAAGAUCCCGGAAGAGACGGAGCCUUUCCAAAGCAGUGUGGCCGUGCAGCCAGUUUCCUACCAGCUGGACAAAGAGGGACAGCACUUUGGCCUGACUCUGGACACUCAAGGCUUUUCCCCAGAGGAGCUGUCUGUCAGGCAGGUGGGCAGGAAGCUGAGAGUCAGUGGCAAGACAGAGAAGAAGCAGGAGGACGGGAAAGGCUCCUACUCUUACAGACUGCAGGAGUUCAGACAGGAGUUUGAUCUGCCUGAAGGACUGAACCCUGAAGCCGUCACCUGCUGCCUGGCUCCAGACGGGAAGCUCCACAUCCAGGCAGCCAAAGGUCCAUGUGCUGAGGAGGCUGAGAGAGAGCUGACUAUCAAGAGGAGCCUGGAGGAGAAAACACAGCAGAGUGUGUGUUCACACACAGAAGGCAGCAGCAGCAGCACAGAGACACACAACAGCACACAGGACAAACCUGAACACAUGGACUGAUCACAGUGUUGCUGUGUGAUUUUACAGGAAGA